UCUUUAUUCCUUUUUUUCCCUUAAGCCACGUUUUCUAUCUAUCAGACGAGGUCCUGUGCGCACAUAUGCAAACAGUAACAGAACCGUGAGCGCAAAUCUGAUCAAAUCCAACGCAGGCUUGAUUUGAAUGUCCUGGCCGUCAAACAUAGCUCGGUAAUUGAUAUAUGGAUGUGACUGUGGCUUUGUGUGAGAGAACUGAAAGAGAUGCACUGCUCGAAUUCUAUAUUGACCUUUUUAGGUAAAAGGGCGCUUCCUUCCUGUGAGGUCACUAAAACCUGAAAGACAAGACCAUCUAUCGGUUUUUUGUUUUUUUUUUUUUUUUUUUUUUACUCUUGUGGUGGAGGUGUGACAGUUGCCUGCAUACUUUCCUUUAUUACGGGAAUGCUACCUGGAGCCAAGCCCAUUGCACUGAUCUGGAUAUCUCGUUUAUCCCGUUGCACCUGAUGCCAGAAGAUGGAUGCAGAUGGAGAAGUGUGUGUUUUGUGUUGGCAGGAGGAAGUGGUGCAUUGUGGAACAAAUUAGGAAAUGUAAGAAAGUUAAAUAUAAGUGGAAAUUAGACUUAAGUCGAUAUAUUAGUGUUGGCAUACAAUAAUGAACCUGUUUAUUUUCUGAAUACACCUGGUUUGAAUAAGGCGGGUAUAAAAAAAAAGAGAUAAAGAAAGCUGACAGAGCGAGCUUGCCGGGGAGCACGCCAUAUGGUCCUGUGACGUAACAUCCAUGACAACAUCGCUCCUGUGCGCGCGCGUGCCUCUCUGCUCUGCGUGUGUGUUGUCCGAGCGCGCGCAUGCUUCGCAUUAGAUCCAGCCUGACCCGCAAAACGCUCUCCGCGUGACAUCACCCGGCGCACGCUCACCGCCUCGCGCCAGCAAGAAGGACAACGUACAGUCACAAAAAAAAAAAAAAACCGAAACGAUGAACGCCGCGACCACCGUCGCCUGCCUGGUCGUCGCCGCCUUCAGCUGCUACCUCUACGGCGGCGGCGACGUGCUGUCAUCGCUUCUCCGCGUCUCUCUUGCAGACGACCCCCCCAUGCCCGAACCGGGAGAUGCUCCGCGGCGAAGCCCGCAGGGAGUCCCCUACAGCGAGCUGCGGCACAUCGUCAACGCCGACGGACUGCACCUGUUCUGCCGCUCCUGGGAGCCCGCCGGUCCGCCAAGGGCUCUGGUGUUUAUUGCCCAUGGAGCAGGAGAGCACAGUGGGCCGUAUGAAGAAAUUGCACAGAGACUGAAAGAACUGUCCCUCCUGGUGUUUGCUCAUGACCACGUUGGUCACGGACAGAGUGAAGGAGAGAGGAUGAACAUCAGAGACUUUCAGGUUUACAUCAGGGAUUCCCUGCAGCAUAUUGACCUCAUGAAGUCCCGCCACCCUGAACUUCCAGUCUUUAUUGUGGGACACUCCAUGGGUGGCGCUAUCUCCAUUCUCACUGCCAGUGAAAGACCCGGUGAUUUUGCUGGAGUGGUCCUGAUAGCACCGAUGGUCCAGAUGAACCCAGACUCGGCGACGCCCUUUAAGGUUUUCGUGGCGAAGCUCCUAAACCACAUACUGCCGAGCCUCCCUCUGGGAUCCAUCGAUUCCAAGUGGAUCUCACGGGACAAGAAGCAGGUUGAGGCGUACGACUCGGAUGAGCUGAACUACCAUGGCAGGUUACGGGUGUCGUUCGGCAUGCAGCUGAUGGGGGCGGCGGAACGGAUCGAAAGGGCGAUCCCGUCAAUCAGCUGGCCCUUCCUGCUCCUCCAUGGCGACGCUGACAAGCUCUGUGAUAUCCGAGGCUCCAAGAUGAUGUACGAGAAUACUGCAAGUUCAGACAAAAAACUAAAGAUUUAUGAAGGAGGAUACCACGCUCUUCAUCAUGACCUCCCUGAAGUGGCCGAAUCGGUGCUGAAAGAAGUGACGAGCUGGAUCACAGAGCGACUCCCCGUGGCAAAGACACCGCAGCAGCAAGGCUUGUAGAUCUCUCAAUGAAAAAAAAACAACUCAGUCUGCGCUCCAAGGAGACUUCUAAACCUUAUCCCACCAAGCCUGCAUACUUUCCUGAAGCCUGUGAGGCAUAGCAGUUCUUUCCUUAAAAAAAACACAUCUGGGCAAACUGAUGGACAUGCUGUUCUCUGUAUGAAGGGUUUAUUAACUUCAUUUUUCUUUAAGUGGAUGCUGUCAUCACAGUCUUUGAUUCUACAGCAGUAGAAAGUCAGGAAUGCACCUCAUAUGGUCCAUCAAAUGGGUGUGCUGUUUUUUUUUUUUUACUAUUAUUAUUGUUAUCUCCUGGUCUCCUGUGCUGCUCAAGUGAAGUUGAAAUCACAGUAAGCUAUGGUUCUAAGUGCAAUAAUGACAUUUCCCUUCUAGACAUGAUUGUUUGAAUACUACUAUCAAUUGUGACACAAUACAAUACUGAUCUGAAGAAACAGCAUUUCCUUUUCCACCUCAUCCAUGAUGCGUAUAAAGAUCAGAGGUCAGGAACAGCAUGUCUGAUCAUCUCAAACUGACAAUAGCUUGUUUCUCCAAUAUUCCAACAUUUAUGCUAUCCUUACUCCUCUUGACCUCCUCGACUUACUUUCUCUUUAUAUUUAUAAAAAGAAAUCCUUUCUCUCUCGACUUCUUUCAGGUUUCCUUUGUUUGGCCUGAGGACAGAUGGAAUACGUUCACUAGUGGAAAUGUGUGCUGUCCAUUUAAAUCCAGUCUAAUAAGCAGCAAGAAAGCAAUAUUAAAAAGUCAUAUAAGUUUUUUUACGUCUAGAUUUGAAGAGAUUUUGUAUAGCGCUGCUAUCUGUUUUAAAUACGAGUGCAUUUAAUGACAGGGCGAUCAAUUGUGAGUGCAAUCGCUUCUGUUCUCAGCCUGUUUGUGGAGGAGGAGGCAAAUUAAGCAGGUGAGGCUGCUGAGACAUUCCCUGCUGAUGGGGCCUAGUAGAGGCCAAGGGUCAGAUGUUUUGACCCCUUUAAGGCCUCGGUUGACUUCACUGUUAGAGGUCCAUGUAGCAGCUGUUUAGUGUACACAGAAUUCAUUUUUAGACAGAAAGCUGUAACAGGAAUGAAGUAACAAACUGAGAGGAACACGGUUCUCUCAGGGGAACCUUCAGUGUCUCUCAAAAUAAAUCAUAACCCUUGAACUUUUUCAGGAUUUUGUCAAAAUACGACCACAAACUUUAGUGUAUUUUUAUGGGAUUCUGUAUGAUAGAGCAACACAAAAUAGUGUAUAAUUGUGAAGUUCCUGAAAAGUGUACAGCUUAUUUGCAUUUAUCCCCCCCUGAGUUAUUACUGUGUUGAAACCCAUUUUGCGUAAUUUUAGGGCAGGUAUUUUGUAGCUGCUGCCAGCUUUGCACAUCUUAAGACCAACAUGUUUGUCUAUUGUUCUUUGCGAUAUGACUCGAGUUCAGCCAGACAUCUGUGAACAUCUGUGAACAUCAGUUCAAGUCAUCCCAUAGAUUCUCAGUAGGAUUCACGUUUCUUUGACUGGGCCACUCUAACACAUGAACGUGCUUUGAUGUGAACCAUUACACUGUAGCUCUGGCUCCAUGUUUAAGGCUUGUUGUUCACAGUAUAGGUGGACGACCGUGUCUUGACAGGUUGGCACUUGGCAGUUUUGCAAUAUUAUUUACAUAUCUGGCCUGAACAGAGCUCUGUGAAAUAUAAAACACAUAGGACGUUUUAUAACCUACAUAUGCUUUGAACCUCUCUACAGGUUUAUCCUUGUCCUGUCUGCUGUGUUCCUUGUUCUUCAUGUUUGUUCCCUAAUCUUCUCUAACCAAUGAGGCCUCACAGAACAGGUGCAUUAAGAUUAAAUUACACAGGGGCGAACUCUAUUUACCUCUAAAGGCAAUUGGUUGAGCUAGAUUCUAUUUAGGAGUAUCGUGGUAUAAGAAGAAAAUAUAUGUGAAUAUCCUGCUAGGCACUGAAAAUGAUUUUUUUUCAAAAGUUAAAAAGAAAACUAUUAUUGUGUUUAAAGAAGAGAGGAAAUAUCGUUUUUAUCCUGAGUUUGAAUGCUAAAUAGAAAUCAUUACAAUAAUUAUUCUAAGACAAAGUUAACUAUUGAAAGUGACAUUUGAAGGACGGAUCGAAGCAUUAGUCGUCUCUCAGUUUUUUUUUCUCAAACAGCAGUGUGUCUCCCCUGAAGUCAACCUCGGCUUUAAAUACCUAGGUAAUGUCACAACGGCUUUUUAUUUUUGGUAGCCUUUGAUUAUAAGCUAAACAGACACACACUGCGCCGUAUUGUCCUGCAGACUGUAAUUAGCAGCUAUUGCUACCUGUUGGGUUUGACACACUCAUAAGGCAAAAACAUUUUAAAAAUAGGGGCUUAAAAUGUGACUCCAGCAUCACAGUUAGAUAUUUAUUGGUAUUCCCAACAAGCCAGUUACUGGGUGUCUUUUUUUGAUGGAUUUUCAUUUUCUGUCAGUCUGACUUUUUAAAAACGAGCUUAAAUGAAUCACGCAGAGUUCAAAGACACUCGUGCAGGAAGCGUAGGGGAACAUUGUGUGCUAUCCACGCUGACCGGCUGUCAUGUUUAUCUGCAGCAACAGUUCUUUUGUUUCACAUGUGCAGUCACCAGGGGGAUCCCUGCAAAAGUGAUAGAAUGACAAGAAUCCCUGGCUUCUGUACGUCUUUGCAACUUUCUCCCUCCUCCGAUCUUGCCCCGUUUCACUGCGAGCUGUGUCUGGCGUUUUUGUUACCUCUUUCAUCUUCGUCAUCUUCUUUUUUAGGGGGAAGUGGAGAGGGGGGGGGGCUUCAAAUUGUUACGAGCGCUCUUUGUUCUGUCCGUCACAUACGCCUUUGCUCUGUUAUAGAUUCAGACAUCGAGUCCACGAACACCCACACCGUCACACACAGGGAACUAUCUUAGCAGCAACAGGCUGCAGGAUACAUUGUGGAGAUGUUGUUUUGCCUUUAAGCUCUCUUUUUGUUCUGCAAGAGAUACACCACUGCUACACCUGCGAGCUUUUGGCUCAGCCGGAUCUCACCACACAGUGUCCAGGUGAACAUCCUGUGGCCAACAGGAAACACACACUCAGAAAAAAAAAGGCACAAAAGUUGAAGUUAUUCCAUCCGCAUCUAUGUUUUCACAGGCUGGAGAAGAUUUAUCCCCAUCCUGAAUAACCAUGAGUGCAGCUAUAGAUAGAAACCUAAUGUAUUCCUGAUUCCCAGCGGAAAUCAGACCCCUUAACCCCACAACCAGAACCGCUCACACUUCAAACACAAUCUCCUCCUGAUUAGGCUGCUGCAGACCCAGCAGCACACAAAGGCUGCGCAGUCCCCAGUUGUAUUCAUGCUCCUAAUGGCUCCCCUGCUGCACAGCAUCAGCACAAUGGCCUCAGCUCCCGAUGUAAUUUAAAAAAAAAAAAUCUCUACCUGUCAGACUACGUGAGUGGAUAUUACUGCAUGUUGUUUGCUUUGACGGCGCAGGGAUUUGCAGCAAGAGGGGGAGAAAAAAAAGCAAGCAGCGAAGCCGACAGUAACCAUGGCAGCGCUUUCUGUUUCUGUUUCUUCUUAAUUUUAUUUUUUUUUUACUGAGCAAAAUCACUCAGUAAAAAUAAAUAUCCUCAUUAGUUAUUUUUUUGGAUUGUCUGGCAGACUAGAGGGUCUCAGGGCUUGUUGUGCAUUUGCUGCUCUGAGGAUUCCCUUUUUGUGUGAGUGUUGCGAUAAGAGACUAAAGCAUCAUCGGCUCACAGUGAAUGCUGAGCGCUGCAUGCGCUGAAUCCUAAACAGCAUGCAUUAGGCACCGUUUGUGUCUUAAAUGAGAAGCUUUUCUUGGACAUUGUGUGGCUAUUUCCUUUUUUGCCGUACAUUUGCAUACCUUUCCUCGUUCAUUCCGUCUUUAUUAAAUAGUGGUCGAAAUCGGAUGAAUUGCACCACUUUGACGAGAUUUCAUUCCUGUUUAUCCUAACAAUGCACAAUCUCUGAUUUCACAUCUUUGGCAGUGGCAUGUAUUGUGGCCAGAUUUGCACACUAAGACGGCCAUGUGGAAAUGUUCAGUUAAUAACUGAUAAUCCUUUCGACUGUUCAGAUCCCGAGUUAGGACAGACGCUCCUUAUUAAGUAACUGGGGAGGAGGAAAAGGUCAGCGAAGAGCUGAAUCCCAAUUGGACUGCGGCUUUUAUAACAAAACCAGAUUCAUCCUGCCUACUGGUUUAUCAAUAGGGUCACUGUUCCUGUUCGACUUUUUUUCUUCUAUGACUUCUAGGACUGUUUCUAAGAAAAAAAUCUGUUAUUUAUGACAGAGGACUGAGAGGUAAAGGCCAGUCUUUCUUUAGUUUUAUGAGAUUAAUGUGUUCUGGGACGCCUUAAUGAAGUGUGCAUUUAAGGGUUAGUUCUUUUUUUUUUUUAGGGUGAGGUUUGUUUUUGUUUUUUUUUUCAAAGGUUAUAAGUAGUUUAUAUAUUACCUGUAUUGUCUCUCGUGGCAUUUCCAAAGCCCAAAUUAGUUUUUCCUGUAAGCUAACUAACAGUUUGUCUCACAGGGAGCAAGACCAGAGUGGACUUAGAACAACUCCCAUCUCAAAAAUGAGAUGUAAAAAAGUUUAUGCAAAUGCUAAUUAAAAAAGUCUUUAAACCAGGGCUCUCCACAGUGCAGCUUAUAGGCGCUUUGUGGCUCUCAGAAUGAUGUGUGGCCCCAAUUAUGUCCACAGUCUAAGAAUGUAAGAAAUUUGGCAUCGAGUUCAUGCAGAUGGACAUUUUUUUGGCUUUCAUUUUGAUUUUAUGGUGUGUAGGAUCAAAAAUGAAAGGGAAAAUUUGAAUUUGGAAAACAUCAAAAUGGAAAUAAAAUGGAUUUCAUGGGGCCCUAUUAAUGUGUUACACUGCCUAACUUCUCUGUUCUAUGUUUACUCCGACAUGGAAUGCUUUACAUGUUCCUUUUGUUUCAUACAGGAGGAUCGUAGGUGGCACGACACUACCUACCUUAGUUUCCUGUGUAAUAAAUCCUCAGCUUCCCUUAUAAUAACCAUCGACACAAACAUGUUGAUGGUUUAAAGGUUUUUGAAUUGACAUUUGCAUUUGACAUUUUUGACAUUGGAGUUGUUCUACACGCUAUAGAUGUGGUGUAGUCCCGAUCGCCCCUCCUAGCAGUUAGCUUUAAACCUUUUUUUAUUACAGAACCUCACCCCAAAAAUCCUGAACUAUCCCUAUAAGUGCUCAUGUUGCUGUGCUCAAACGGUGAGCAAGAUUUGAUUAGAUCUUCUCCAAAAUGCUGCAAAUACAAAAUAGGCUAAAAUAAAAGUCAUGCUAGUCAGUCUCACCCAUGUCUUGGAAGAGCAGAUGCCAGGUAAUGGGUGUAUGAUGAAUUUUGGUUUAAAUCUUGCUGUUAUUAAGAAAUGGUUUUCAAUCAAUGUACAGUAGCAUUGUAUUUAUGACACUUGACUUACCCACAAAAAUCAUGACUUUAUUGUAUUUUACUUAUUUUUUAUUUAUCUUGUGUACAGUAUUAAUAAAAUAUAACUACGUAUUGGCAUGUAUGUACCAGUUACGCAAUGUCAAUGCACGUUUUAUACCAUAACCUGUUCAGACGUGCUGAUGUUCAGCUGUAUGCCUCUUUUAGAGAUGUUUCAAUGUUGUCAGCAAUCAAACGUUGCUUUUCUAUGAAGAUUUAUACUGCAAAGAAUUUACUCCUGUAUGUUUUAGAUGAGCUCCAAUUACUGUCACAAGAUUUUACAGAGCUUUUUUGAUUUAGUUUUACUUUUUUAAGAGCAUACACACGUAAAGGUGAUCUCACCAUUCUAAACGUUUGGUGGUUCUGAAGAUGUCAUUCUUAAAAACAUUAAAUUAAAUUCAGCAGUUUUCAAACACCAGGUGACACUCGUCAAAAAAAUGUUAAGCACCAAUCAGGAUGAAGAAAACCUCUGAUUUAUUAUCCUUAAUGCACAACUUAGGAGUUGUUUGUGACAAGAUAUGUAUUGUACAAUUUAGUUUUGUCACAGUGUUGUUUGUGCCUUAUUACUGAUGAAUGUGUAUAUUAUUAUUUUUUGCCUGUAUUGAGCUGUAAGUUAGUUGGAGAUGCACCAGCCAAUCUGCUACAUAUCUAAAUCUGACAGUUUCUCGCCUGAUUGACUCAUUAGUGAUGGUCUGGCCAAAUACAGCUUGUUUCUGAUUUAUUAAAUAUAUCAAAACUGAGGAAUUACAUGAACCAAUAGGAAGUACUAAAAUCAUAUACUCUGAAAGACAAUCAGGUAGUAGUUUGUAGUUCCAAAAUGUUCUGUUUUUUUAAUAAAAUCUAGCCUGCAUCAGUGCACCUGCUGCAUUUUUACGCUCUUUAGUCCCAAGGAAAAAAUAUUUAAAUCUGCCAAAAUGGGAACAGGCAGGUCACAGAAAUCAGGAUUGGCCAGAACAUUCCUAAUCGGUGCAUCUCCAAUGUUGAUCUUUUCACACAUAUGAAGGUUAAGGAUGCCAGACAUGUCUGUGUUGUCGUGGCUCCUGGAUUUCUGACUACUACUGUCUUGUUCAUCUACUUGUGUUCCUCUUGUCAGUCUCGUUUAAUUUAUAUCUAAUUACGUCUUAGUUCAUGUGCAAACCGGGGUGGAAGCCUAUCAAUCAAGAACUACUUCUGAUCCUUUCGAUCCAUGCUGAACUACAGCACAUAAAUACCUCCCAGCUUUGUUACACACCUGUUCAAGUCUGUUGAAUGUUAUGAAUGAAUAAACAAAAUCAUUUAGAUGAGAAUUAAAUUACUGGGUUGAUGCAUAAGAACUGAUCAAAAGUAUAUAAAAUAGAGAAGUCUGCUUUUUUUUUCUUUCUUACUUUCUUUUAGGGAUCUCCAGUUAAAACCUUUGUUGGGAGAGUUUUUCAUUGGUGGGACUACUUUUAAUGAGUGGUUAAUUUACACUUGUGUCAGGAACAACUGUCUCCAUUAAACAUGCCAGUUCUAAACAUUUGGAAAGCACAUGACUGCAUUUUAGUUGUCUAUGAGGGGAAACCCAGCAAUGUCAUACAAAGCCUGCAGAGAUUAGAGUGUAGUCUUAGGAAAGUUAGCACCAAGGAUUGGAUCUUUAAGUCUUCCUUGUAAAUUUCUGUAUUGAUUUGUUUUUAUUAGGUUAUAACAAUCCUGGAGGACAGUUGGAAUAUUCCUGUAAUGAUAUUCGUCAAUGCCCUCUGCGCUGUAAUUCAACUUAAAUUCAGGUAUUUAAAUCAUUGUACUUUUGACGGAAGUCAUUGGUUGUCAGCAUUUGAGGGUUUGCUAUUGUAUAUAAGAUGGGUAUAAAAUAUAAUAACAUUUCUGAAUGUUCAUCUACUUAUUGCUAGACUGUUCACAAUGCUCACACGUCUUUUAAAAUAAACGACAUGACUGUU